AUCUUUAAAGACCCCGUCCUAAUUUAUCAAAGUACGUAAUAAGUGAUGGAGUCAACUCUUCGUAAUCGGUUAUCUCAAAAAUCUAUGGAUCGCAUGCAGAAGAUCCAUGAAAAGUACACGGAAUCUAACAAGGAAAAAGCUGCUAUUGAGUCCGAAGUUCUCUAUGCUUCAACGGAAGCAGCGGAGGGCGAGACCGUUAAGGAGGAAAAUAGCGUUUCAACCCUAUCGGACGAACCGAUAUCACUGGAGGAGUACAAGACUCAAAUUGACGAGGCAUUGCGCGAAUAUUUUGUCACGGACGAUGUUAUGGAAAUUCUAUACUGCAUCGAAGAGCUGGAUGCCCCUCUCUACCGAUACCAAGUGGUGAUGCGUGCCAUCUCCCUCGCUGUCGACCGGGGCUCCAAAGAGAAGGAGCUGGUGUCCCGUUUGUUCUCUGUGGGAUUCAGCCACUACCUCUCGCUGUUCCAAGUGACGAAGGGCUUCGAGAAGCUGUUCGAGCGUCUGUCCGACCUGCAGCUGGACUGUCCGCACAUCGCCGACGACCUGAGCAAGUUCCUCGCGCGCGCCAUCACCGACGAGGUGCUCCCUCCGUCGAUUCUGAACGACUUCAUCCUGAAGGAGUACGGCGCGGAGGUGCUGACGAUGACGGAGACGCUGCUGAACAUGCCGCACUCGUUCGAGUACAUGGAGCGAGUCUGGGGCGCGCGCAUCGCCGCGCUGGAGGACAUUCAGAUGACGAAGAAGCUGCUGGUGGAUGCCAUCGCGGAGUUCUACGACAGCCACGACGCGGCCGAAGUCGAGGAUCGAUGAGGGACUGAGGAGUAGUGUGUGCGCUGCGUGGCCGAGCUGGACGCGCCGUAUUACCUCCACCAGUUCGUGAAGAAGGCCGUCGAGAUCGCCAUGGACGACGAGAAGAAGCGCAUCCCGCUCUGCAUCCAGCUGC